UUUUUUAAUAAUCGAUACAGAAAUGUCUGUUAUCAAUAGUCGAUAAAUUAUCUAUGUCGCCAUUGACAAUUGUCGACCAUAUGUUCGCUGUCAAAUUAAGGUGAAAGAAUCGAGUUAUAUAAAUAAGAACUCGUUAAAAUGUUUCGCUCCGUUGCUGCGCUGGUAAACAAAACAUCCAAAGUACUGGUGUGCAACUCUGGACACUCCAGUACUUUAUUCGUUAAUGGAGUUUUCGGACCGGCGGUUAACACAUUUGCAGUGCGGCAACAGCAAACAAUGCCAGUGGUUGAUCCGAAUAAUCCACUUCCGAAAAAAAGUCCAUCAGCAUUUGGAAGAAAUCAACCUAAUAUGGUGGAAUGGUCAAUUGCUCGUUUAGAUGAUCUUUUGAAUUGGGGUCGCAAAGGUUCCAUAUGGCCUUUGACAUUCGGAUUGGCUUGCUGUGCUGUGGAAAUGAUGCACAUUGCUGCUCCCCGAUACGAUAUGGAUCGAUAUGGUGUUGUAUUCCGUGCCUCACCUCGUCAGGCCGAUGUUAUAAUUGUUGCAGGCACUCUCACAAAUAAAAUGGCACCUGCCCUCCGUAAAGUUUAUGACCAAAUGCCUGAACCUCGUUGGGUCAUUUCCAUGGGUAGUUGCGCUAACGGUGGAGGAUAUUAUCAUUAUUCGUACUCUGUUGUGCGAGGUUGCGACCGUAUAAUACCGGUAGAUAUUUAUGUUCCCGGAUGUCCACCAACCGCUGAGGCGCUCAUGUACGGUGUUCUGCAGUUGCAGAAAAAAGUAAAGCGAAUGAAAACAUUGCAAAUGUGGUACAGAAAAUAGGCCAAAAUCACGUAAACCCUAGACCUUAAACUUAAGAAAAAUCACAAGAGGCAUGCAGUAGUAUAAAUUUACUUCUCUAUAAUAUAUACUGUGUAAAUCAAUCUUGUGUGUGAUAUCAAAAAUAAAAGAGAGUUUCAACCUGCGAA